AAGCCCUUCACCACUCUAUCUGCGAUGAGCAUUGGCGCAAACACCACCAACAGCGCAAUCGGCGUCAUCUUGACCCUCAGCAUCUGGCUACCAUACGGCGGGCCUCCCUUUACCGUCUACAGCUACAUUGCUAUAUCUUUUGUUGGACUCAUGGCAGCUGUUAGCCUCUCGGAGCUCGCGUCCGCCAUGCCAGACGCAGGCGGCCAAUUCAUCUGGGUCGCGAAGCUUUCACCACCUCGAUAUCGGCGAUUUCUUUCAUACAUUACGGCACUCACCAGCUGGGCGGGUGCCGUUUGCACAGGCGCAUCGGCAACUUUGGCUUGUCCGGAGCUAGUCGCCGCUGUUGUUCAGUUUUUGAAUCCCGAUGUUGAAGUGCAGCCCUGGAAGGUUUUCUUGGGCUUCCAAGCCGUCUUGUUUUUGUCCAUGAUUCCAGGGCUUUUCGAACGAGUCAUUCCGAAGAUGGGAAAGAUCAUGAUGUUCUAUACAGCAGCCAUCCUCAUUGUCAUCAUUGUGUCACUUUUUGCGGCCACUCCUCAUCGUCAAACAGCCGGAUCCGUCUUCACUGGCUUUUCCAAUGAAUCAGGUUGGCCUGCAGGUCUUGCUGUCCUCAUCGGCUUUAAUAGCCCCAAUUGGUGUUUUUCUUGUCUGGACACCAUUGUCCAUAUCGCGGAAGAGGUCCCUCAUCCAGAGAGGAAUAUUCCCAAGGCUAUUAUGUGGACAAUACCCAUCGGUCUUGUUACCGGCCUACUCGUGCUCUUGGCUGCUUUAUUCAACAGGAGCACUGAGAGCUCGCAGGGCGCGUAUUUCCAAAUUGCGUACGCAUCGUUUGGCGACAGUGAGGGCGCCGCCAUUGCAUUUCAGACACUCAUUUUCAUUUCGGCCUUCAGUGCCCAGGCACACAUCCACGUUUGGCAGUCCCGCUUAGCCUGGACUAUUGGCAUCAACCAAGGGUUUCCGUUUUCUCAGCACCUGAGUAAAAUAGUUGGAGGUCCAUUCCAAUCGCCUGUAUGGGCAACUCUGUUCUCCGCGACAUGGACUGCUGUCCUAGGAUUUGUAUACUUGGGAUCACGAACAGCGUUCAGCUCUCUGAUUUCCUGUGGAAUUCUUUUCCAGUACUUUAGCUACUGUGUGCCAGUCUUGCUCAUGCUGAUUCGAGGACGAUCUCAAAUUGCUCAUGGACCAUUUUGGUACCCGUCUUUGGGAUACUUGUCUAACGUGGGCCUUAUUUGCUGGACUGUCACUGCUACUGUGUUUUACAGUUUCCCUUACGAUGAGCCUGUUGUAGUAGGAGAAAUGAAUUACGUAUCCGUGAUUCUGUGUGGGUUUUUAGUUGUUGUCAUGGCUAUUUGGAUGCUGUAUGCCCGUAAGAGAUGGACAGUGCCUAAAUUGGUUGCUUAAAAUUGAC